UAGCAACAGUAAAGGGUUCAUUUUCAGUUCCACUAGUUUUGUCACCUUAUGUCUAUUCUCCAUCUGUCUACCAUUGAGUUGAUAGGGUCUGCCUAGUUCCACCAGGUUUACGUUUGGUGAAAUGCAAAAAAAGCUUAUAAAAAUAAACUUAUUGCUAUCUUACUUUUGAAUUUGAAGAGAUUCUUUGAAAAUGUGUUUAAUUUGUAUGAAGUUGAAGUAGUCCUUAGGAGAAAAACCUGAAAUGAAGUUUUUCUAAAAUGAACAAAAUGCAUCGUGUAAAUAUAUAUGGUACACUCGAGUCGCAGUAUCGCGAACAUUUAGCGCAGGUCCGCCCUCAAUAGUGAGAAUACAUGAUGGGACCCCACUUCUUCGACUAUUUAUUAUGUUCAAAUGUCAACUGUUUACAUCCUGACAGUUUGUAGUGACAAUUUGAAUCGAUAUCAUUAAAAUAAUUCAAAUGAAUAGAGCGAAGGAAACGUUGAAAGACACCACAAAUAUAAAAGCUGCCACCCAAAAUGGUACAGUUCCUGAAGUAACUGGUAAUCAUAUGAGACAUGUGAAUCAAGAUAUCAGGCCGCCAGGUGUUAAUCAUAAUUCAAUUACAGUAUUUGAACAAUUAAAAGAGUCAAGGUUCACUGCUAUUAUUGGCUUUAUCCUAUUCGUAAUUGGCAUGUCUCUUCUCUUUUGGAACGAGGGUAAAGCUGUAAAAGUGGCUCAUUCUCUUGAUGAAGCUUUAAAUAAUGUUGUAAUACUCUCUUAUUCAUCAAAGCUUCAGUCCGAAUAUGAAGGUCAUUUGGUUUACUUAUCAGGACCUUUGGAAGUGUUAGAGCCAUUAACCGAACCAGAAUAUGGAAUCAUAGUUGACAGCGUUAAAUUAAAAAGAAGAGUGCAGAUGUUUCAAUGGGUUGAAAUCAAAGAGGAAAGAAAAAAUGGUUUUAGAUAUGAUUCGGUUGACGAUUAUUAUUAUACAACAGAAUGGCAAGAUAAACUGAUAGACUCUAAACUCUUCUACAUACCCUUUGGACACGAGAACCCAAGAGAAAUGCCAAUUAAAAGUAAAUUGCAGAUUGCAGACGAAGUUAAAAUUGGAGCAUUUGUUUUCGGUACUGAAUUAAAGAAGAAAUUCAAUAAUUAUGUAGAAAUUACCAGUGACGAAAGACCCGAGCGAAAAGACAUUAAAAUGCAUUCGGGACUUUAUUAUCACAGUGAAGAUUUGUGGAAUCCGAAGGUUGGAGAUAUUCGAAUACAAUUUUCCUAUGCCGGAAAAGCCAGGGAAGUUUAUUCAAUAGUCGGGAUGCUUGCGGAUGGAAGAAUAAAACCUUACAUUACAUCUCAUGGUGAAGAAAUCUUGCUUCAAAGAAAUCACAAAGUAACAAUGGACAAGAUGUUUCAUCUAGAGCACGUUCAUAAUUAUUGGAGAACUUGGAAAAUGAGGGGUAUAGGAUGGUUUUUACUCUUCAUGUCAGCAAGUUACAUGGCGAAUAUCCUGAAAACGAUAAUUCUGAAUUCAAAUCUCUUACACAGUUUAAUCGCCCUGGAGGCUCUCAGCUUAUCAGUUUCCAUGUCGACAAGUUUGCUGGUCAUUGGAUUUGCUUGGGUAUGGUAUCGACCAAUAGUGGGGUUGUGUUUGGCUUUGGCUUCUAUCUUGCCCUUUAUGUAUUCCACGUUUUUUAAAAAUUCAUCACCUCAACAACGAGACCCGUACAGACGACUUUAAGAAGAAGAAAAAAUAAUCAAGAUGUUAAAAUUUGUUUCAAUCGACUCCUUUUUGUAAUAAUAAAUAUGAAAAAUCUUUAAUGGCGAA